AACCCUCAACCCGCCCUAGCCCCAGCCAAGUAGAAGGCAGUUUCAGUACAACAUGGUUGCAGCGAUUUUGUAGUUAAAGUAGUGAACGCUAAUGUUAUUGUGUUGUUAUUUUAUUCGCCUUGUGACACAGGUUCUCAAAUAUAUAAAUAUAUAUUUUAAAUGAUAAUGGAGAGGUUUGAAGGCUACAUCUUCCCUGUUGUUUGUAGCACAAAUUUUUUUAUAUCAUGUCUUCUUUUUUCUAAAAUCACUCGGGAGCAAAGAGAGUCGUACAUGGACGAAAUCUUUCAUGUUCCACAAGCUCAGAAAUACUGUGAAGGGAAAUUUACCGAGUGGGACCCUAUGAUCACCACGCUGCCUGGUCUGUACCUGCUGUCGGUUGGAGUGAUUAAACCGGUCAUGUGGUUGGUGGGUUGGACAGGAACAGCCAUGUGCUCCACUGCCAUGCUGCGAUUCAUCAAUGUGCUUUUCAACUGUGGCAACCUCUACAUCCUCUAUCUCCUCAUCUGCAGAAUACACCCCAAGGACAAGUCUCGUGCGACCGGACGGCGUGUGCUCUCUGCCAUAUCUCUGUCCUCCUUCCCAGUGCUCUACUUCUUCACGUUCCUCUACUACACAGAUGCCGGCUCCACCUUCUUCACUCUCUUUGCCUACCUCAUGUGUCUGUACAGGUGCCACAAAGCUUCAGCUCUCCUGGGCAUCUGCUCCAUCUUGUUCCGCCAGACCAACAUCAUCUGGGUGGCUUUCUGUGCCGGGACGGUCGUGGCUCAGAAAAUGGACGAGGCCUGGAGGGUGGACCAGUCGAAAAAGAAGGAUGAGAAAUCGGCAUCGCAGAUCUCAUUGCAGAGAUUAGCGCACUUUUUACCGAAAUACCUCACAUCUCCGGUCAACAUAAAGAGUGUGCUUUUAUCAACCUGGCCUUACGGUGUAGUUGCUUUGGGCUUUAUCGUCUUUGUGGUGUUGAAUGCUGGGAUUGUGGUUGGGGACAGGAGCAAUCAUGAAGCCUGCCUUAACGCACCUCAGCUGUUUUAUUUCUUCUCCUUCACGUUGAUCUUCUCCCUUCCUAUAUCCCUUUGUUACCACAGGCUUGUCAGAUUUGUGCAGUCUCUCCAGAGGCAUCCUUUCCUCUUUCUCCUGAUCACAGUUUUGUCUGUUAUCCUGGUCUGGAAAUUCACUUUUGUCCACCAGUACCUAUUAGCGGAUAACAGGCAUUUUCCCUUCUAUGUGUGGAAGAGAAUUUUCCAGAAGCACGAGCUGGUUCGCUUCCUCCUGGUUCCCGCGUAUGUGUUUGCAGCCUGGAGCUUUAUGGACACUCUGAAUUCCAAGUCGGCAUUUUGGAUCUUGGCGUUUUGCGUAUGUCUGGUGGCCGCUACGGUUCCUCAGAAGCUUCUCGAAUUCCGGUAUUUUAUCCUGCCGUAUCUGCUAUACCGCAUCCACGUCCCUCUUUCAUCCCUCCCCAGACUGCUGCUUGAGUUCGCUCUGUAUGCGGCGGUCAACGCGGCGACGAUCUACAUCUUCAUCCAGAAGACGUUCCAGUGGCCCGAUAGCCCUGCAGUGCAGAGAUUCAUGUGGUGACAUGGGACCUCUAUAAUCUUUUCACUUUUUUUAUUAAAAAAAAACAAAGUAAAUGUGAUCAUAGUUCUUAUUUCUUACUUCCUGCUUUGAACACCUUCUUACUCUACUGCUUAUUCAUAUCAGUGAACACGAACAUUAUCGGGGUUAUGUUUACUGUACAGCGUGUCUGUGUUUGCUGUGUCUUUUGAGUUGUCACUUGUCUGCCAUGUGCAUAUAUUAGUAUGCCAAAUUAAAGGUUCAAGAUGGAGCUGGGCGAUAAAUGAAAUUUCUGCAUAUGUCGACAUUUGUACAAAAUCUGGCAUUGUUAAUAGCAGUGCAGCUGCCACGAAACUUUCACCUUUCAAGCACAUUGUCUCUCUUGUUGUCUAAGUCUUUGUGUGGUAGCCAAUCCGAGCGUGGGCAGAAACCAAUGAAAAUAGAAAAGAGACAGAGCUUGUGGACUGAACCAUCUGCUGAUUAUGUUUAACUUAUGUCCAACAUGACUAUCUUGAAAAAAAGGACAUUUUUCUACAGAAUUUUUAUCUCAAUCAAAUAUUUCUUGCCCAGCUCUAGUUGACUGUCGUAUCUUAUACUAAAAUAACGAUGCUCCCGUGUUUGUUCCACAUGACUUUCACAUAGUUCAGUCCCAUUGCAUCAGGUUGCUGUUGUCUCCAAAUUUAGAUUGAACUCAAGGUUUAAGCCAUGUGUCUGUUGAUAAAAGAAAUCAAUCACAUUAGUCGUAGUUCCUGUAUGUUUUCAAUUACCUUUAUUUAUGAAAGGUACUUGUUUUCUGUAAUUGCUCUGCUGGAGUGUUCCAGUGUUCAGACGCAAUAAAAAUACCGAUUAUGUA